AUGUCAAAUACCAUGUUGGUCCUUAAAGGCAUUCAGAAAGAAUUACCCGUUGAUAACAAUACCACACUACGUGAUUUACUCUUGUUAAUACUUAAUAGCAAAACAAAUGAUGAGCAGGUAUGCGCAUCCAUGAAUACAAAAGAGCUCACUUUCAAGGAACUGGCACGUGCUGCCCAUCAAGUAGCAGCAUCGCUUGGUUCCUACAACAUUGUGGCAAUUUGCAUGAGGCCGUCACUUGAAUGGAUCAUUGUUGUAUGUGGUGCAAUUUUGCGUGGCAUUCCAUACGUACCAAUCGAACCUACAUUGCCGCCUGAAAGAAUCAAAUACAUUCUCGCAGAUUGUCAAGCAUCAAUAGUCAUUAGCGAUACUGAACUUGAUCUCGAGCAACAAUUAAAUCCCAUCAAAAUCUUGAUUUAUUCUCAUUCAUCUGAUAAUACCACAUAUAUAGAUAAUCAAUCAGUUAAAGUUGAACAAGAAGAUAUAUUUUGUAUUACGUAUACAUCCGGAUCGACCGGAAUGCCAAAAGGUGUACGUCUUCCUCAUCGUGCUUUGCUCAAUCGACUAUUUUGGCAAUGGUCACAAUUUCCGUAUGAUACAGACGAUGUAUGUUGCUUGAAAACGUCAAUAUCAUUCGUGGAUUCCAUUACCGAACUAUUUGGACCACUCCUUUGCCGUGUGCCAUUAAUUGUUCUUCCUAAAUCAUUACUACUCCAAAUUGGCCAACUCAUUUCGACAAUGGCAUCGAAACGAAUCACACGAAUUAUCCUUGUUCCUUCUUUGCUAACCGUUCUUUUCGAUCAUUUAGAGAAUAACAAAAUAAGUUUACCAGAUUUCAGAAUGAUCAUUUCGAGUGGCGAAACACUUGUAGCUGGAUUGGUUGAAUCAUUUUUCAAGCUUAAAGAAAGGUUUUCAUCGAAAUGUCGUCUACUCAAUAUGUACGGUUCAUGUGAAGUAAUGGGCGACGCAACGUAUGAAGUGUUUGAAUCAGUCGAUCACUUUCACAAUGAAUUAUUGUUCGAAAAUCGUGUCAGUAUCGGAUAUCCGAUCGAAAAUACAAUUGUAUACAUUGUCGAUCCAGACGAGCGAGGGGUUGGUGAAUUAGUUAUAGCAGGAAACAAUGUAGCCAGCGGAUAUCAUAAUGUUAACGCUAACAAUGUUGUGCUAUUCAAUAAAUUCGUUCAUGACAAUAAUGGUCAGCAACAGUUUCGUACAGGUGAUUUAGGUAAGAUAUGGAAUAAUCGGAUUAUUUUAUACGGAAGAAAUGAUACACAAGUAAAAAUUGGUGGAAAUCGAAUUGAUCUCAGUGAGAUUGAACUCAUUGUAAAACAAUAUUUUCAUUUAAAUCAGUCUGUUGCAGUCUAUGAUAAGAUCAAUCAUCAAAUAGUUUUAUUCUUACAAAUGACUGGGGAAACACUUGAUCUCGAUCGUUCUCAAUUAGCAAAAUAUCUGCCUUCCUAUGCUGUACCUUCACGAAUUGAAGCAGUUGCUGAUUUUCCUCUUCUUGUUUCUGGAAAAAUUAACCGACGCCAACUAGUGGACUCUUUAAAUGUUGAUCAUGAAAUAAAAGAGGUAAUUGAGCAAAAAUCAUUGAAUGUGCAUGAAGCAUUUUGUUUGGCACUCGAAGAGAUUGGUAUUCUACGAGCUUACAUGAAUCGAUCAUUUUUCGCUGCCGGUGGUUCAUCACGGAGUGCGCUGUUACUGGUUGCUAAGUUACAUCGUUUUGGUUUAUCGUGCCUAACUGUUGAACGUCUAUUCGAUGCAUCAACAUUAAAUGAUAUUCUUUUAAAUGAAGUGGAUAUUGAUCGAUCCAAUAAGGAAUUGUUUUUUGAAUAUGAUAAUAAAUAUCAAGUAGUGCCUCUGGCACAAAUCGGCAAAGAUCAAGGCAUUGCUAUUGUCGUCGAUUCAUUUGCUACUUUAGGAGAAAUCGAUACUCUUAUUCAUCAAAAUCAGCCGAAUGCUCAACUUGAAUAUAGGCGACAAUUCACUGUUAUAUUAAAUCACCACUGGCCUCAGUUUGUGACAUUGGAGCUCUCGUUUGGUAUUAUCAACAACAAUGGAAACCUACUUGGCGUGUCUCUGUCGACUGAUGCAGCACAUGAGCCAUAUAUAGAUCCGACAACCGUACCACUAGUUGCUCCAAUAUUAACCAUGCUAGAGGUUAAAGAGAAAGAGUUUUUAAAGCGUUUGCACUCUCAAAAGGAUGUUCCUGAAUCAAUCAUGAGUAAUUUUGUCACAGCAGUCAAUCUAGAUGUGCCACCCGAGAAACGAACCAAUGCUAUGUAUCAGAUUGAACGUCAUACGUUACAAGUUGCAAAGGCUCGUGGCUUUCAAGCUAUUGUGACGGCUAAUACUGGUAGUGUAACACAGCAAUUGGCUAAAUAUGUCUUCGAAUAUGAUGAAAAUUUGGUAGUACAACUUAAUGAAUAUCGUGAUCCUUCCGGCGAUUUGGUCUUCUCUCAUGCUGAUCCUAAUCAAACAAUGACUAUCAGUAUGAAGUAUAUUGUUUGA